CAGACAGACCAGAUCACUUCUCUUGAGCUCCAGACAGCCCGGUCCAUUGAACCUACAAACAUCGCUAAUUCAACCAUCAAUAAGACAAGCUGUUUAUUAUUGUAACAUUUUUCACUUUCUCAUCUGUUCCCUGAAGAAAACAUAAUGUCUGUGUGCAAGACUUUGAUCGUCCUCAGCGCGUUUAUGGCAGCAGCCUAUGGCCUGACAUGUCGUGAGUGCUACAUCGGGAUCUUCAGCACAUGUAUUUUAGGGACAAACACCGACUGUAACAACGGCACCUCCAGCUGUUACCGUGGAGACGCCCAGUUCAAUGCCACUGGCGCUCUGAAGCUUCAUAACCGCGGCUGCAUCGACACGGACCUGUGUGGAAAGACCCUGACAGGUUCACUCCUGGGAGCCGCCUACACCUCCACCUUCAACUGCUGCUCCACCGACAUGUGUAACUCCGCCUCCUCGUUGCAUCUAUCAGUCGCCAUAGGAACAGUCCUGACACUCCUCAGCACUCUCUGGGUUUCACAGUAGACCCCAACAACAACACACACUGAAGGAUUAUGCUAAACAGAGAAAAUUAUUAUUAUUAUUAUUAUUAUUAUUAUUAUUCAAAAUGUAUUCAUUUGAGGUUUAAAUCAUGACAUUAUGCAUUACAAUAAAUGGAAAAGUGUCCAAGUAUUUGACUACAUAAGAAGAGAUCUGGUCUAGAGGGAUGGAAGUGAUCAUGUAGCUGUAGUUGCAUGUUAGCUUCUGUUGCUAUGAACAGGCCUAAAAUGUUAUAAUUUUGACUGAGUUAUGUUUUAUUUUAUGGUGUAAGUUGAGAUAAAGCUGUAGGUGACAAAUUUGUUUACUUCUGCUAACAUCUACAACAACUAAACAAAUGAUUUUCCAAACCCUGACUCUGACAAUUCUCCAUAAAUAUGCAAAAACAUGAUACAGAGCAUGAUACAGCAACAUGACAAACCUGAUGUGAUGUGCAGUAGCUUUAUUAGCAGGAAGGGGAGUCUCAGAGUGUGAAAAACACAAGUGAAACUUGUUUUGGUUGAAUAUAGCGUUUUCAAAACCAUAAAAAGUGUGUUAGCAGUUAAUACACUAGAAGUCAAAUGCCUUCUCUUUAAACAAACACAAAUUUAAUCUUAACUUAAACCAUAAACCAUUCCAUAACUUAAAGAUGCACUUUGCUUUGGUUGGAUGUCUACUUGUUUUUAUAAGUAUGCCAUUGCUCUGCCUGGAAUGUUCCACAGUAUGUUAUUAAACAGCUCUACCUUACAUUUAUUCAGUUACAGGUGGUUUUAUAGCUCAAGUUAGUUUUAUACCUAGAAUAACUAGUAUUCUGACUGUGAGUGAGUUUGUUUGUCCACAGAUCUGACCUGUAAUUUGGUCAGGUUUCGUUUCCAUGACGAUAGAAAGGUUUAAUAGGAUACUGUGAAACAUUCCAGAGAAAUAGCCUUUAAUAGCCUUAAUAAAGCAUGAACUCUAACCCUAACAAAUAGUUUAACAUAUUCUAUAUUAACUUAUCAUUUAUGCUAAAAUUUGAUUUAAACUGAUUCUGUACAAUAUUUAAAACACAUUUAAACUGGUGGUCCUGUGUCUAUAGCCUGUACGAACACAACACAACCAAUCAGAAGGGACAAAUAAUUGUAGUGUUAAAGAAGACCUAGCGUGCAUCUGUUGGCUAUAUAGUUAUAAUCUAUGGAUCAUGAUGUUGUAAUUUGCAUAUUUUAAAUUGUAAUAUUCAUCUCAACGACUUAAUAAAAGAGACAAAACAAAAAAAGAAACAACAAAGAUUGCUCAAACAUACACAAAUCACUCCAAAUACAACUUGGCGUGAGAGGAAAAAAAUAUAACAUUGUUAAAGCUCUGAAAAGUUGAUUUUGCAUUAUAGGUUUGCUUUAAUGUUUUGUAAGUUUUUUUUUGUUUUUUUUUUUUAGAUUUUUAUAUUAUAUUUGUUUUGUAAUUCACUAUUUUUGUUGAUGAUUAAACUAUGAAGGGGCCAAUAUUAACAA